AUGGCGUUCAAACCCAAGAAGAAAGGAGGGACUGAGUCUUCGAGCUUUAUGGAGCGUAUUGCGAAAAGAUUGAGAACGCUAUUGGUGGACUCGCGUCGCAAAAGGACUCAGGUUUUCUCGUUUGGUUGUAUAGUAGUGGGAUUAUUGGUGAUAUAUUUGAUGCAGGGUCUUGUUUUGCAUAAGAAUAAGCAAGAUUCGCAUUAUCCACAGAUACAUGGCCAUUACACAGAAGAGAUCAGUUCAACACAACCUUUGAUUUUCCCUCCAAUUGAACACGCAGAUCGUCUUAAACAAUUGAACCUUAGAAAUCUUCAUAUGCUGCGGAUCGACUUGGAUGGAAACAAAAAAUACGUGCUGAAAGAAGAUGAUAAGCCUACAACCGAUAAAGAACGUAAAGAAAUUACAGAUGACUUUGAGCUUGUGAAACGAGAGUAUCUAGACCAUGGUAAGAGGGUAUUUAGCAAAGGUUCAGACUCACCUGAAGUUGUAGUCGUCACGCUGGUGGACUUUGACCAACAUGACGCCGAUACACUUAUUCCAGUGGUUCAAAACAGAGUUGACUACGCACAGAGACAUCGGUACGGUGUAUACGUGCGGUGGGCCCAGGAGUUUAUCCCCACGAUCGAUGAUCAGGAUUUGACGAAAUCGUAUGAGUUUCUCAAGCCUUUGAUGAUGCGUGCCGCAAUGCAUGCGUUUCCUAAGGCCAAAUACUUUUGGUUUUUGGAUCAGCACGCGCUGAUCAUGCGUAUGGAUCUGUCACUGCAGGCCCAGUUGUUGGAUCGGAAAAUCUUGGAACUUGCCGUGCUGAAAAACGUUCCUGUCGUGAAGGGCUCUAACAUCAAAAGUUACAACCAUUUUGUCCCAGAUCAGGCCGAGGUCAUCAUCCCACUGACAAACGACGGCCAAUUGGACUCGAAUUCUUUCAUCGUCAAAGCCGGCCUCUACGGUAAAGCAUUCAUGGACUAUCUGGGCGAUCCGCUGGUGCGCGACUAUUCCUGGCCGUCUUUCUCUGCGAGCAUUGGGCACGCUUUGCAAUGGCACCCGAGCUUUCUAGCUAAAGCCGCUUUGGUGGUUCCCAGGACCAUUGCCAGCGUAUACGAUCCUACCAAGUCCAUCACGGAAAAGGCAAAUAUCGAUGACUUUCACUACACCCAAGGCGAUUUUGUCGCCUUGUUCAACGGUUGUCAAGAAAGAGAUUCGUGCGCUAGCAAUUUGGGUCUGCUCUACCCACAAAUUCAGAAAUAA